AGACAGAUGAUGAAAUGAAUGUGCACACUGGAGCAACACUCCGACAAAUCUGAAUCUGUCCCAUGCUAUGCUGAGUUGUACCUGAAGGGGGCGAUGUCUGACAGCAACAACAGCACAGGCAGCACUGGCUCCUCAACCAACAGCUGGACUCUCCUCUCUCCUGAGGAGGUUGCAGUUGAGCAUAUCGGGCCAGUCGAUGAUGGCACAGAGAGCCUCGGUGAUGUCCCCAGUCUCUCUGAGGAUGUGACAGGUUCCACUGUGGAGUUGAAACCGAGUGACAUUCCGGUAGAAACUGUCCUGUCCGAAGAAGGUCAUCAGGUGUGUCAAGAAACUGCUCCAGAGUCCAGCGUAGGUCCAGUUCCUUCCAGUCCAGGCCACAUGAGCCCUGUUCCACCCUACCCUGUUGAACCUUCAGACUUUGACACAGAGACUCAGCCUCCCGUUAUCCACGACAUUGUAGCCAGCUCACCUACUGACAACGAGAACCUAGGAGCCACUCCAUUUGUAACCAGCAUUGACCUGGGUGCUCCACUUCAUAUUCCUGCCACUGAAUUUCAUCCAUCUGAUCUGGAAGAAUCAACUUCAGCUUUUCCCAUGUUUGAAAGCACUGUGGCAGCAGAAGCAGCAUUGGAUACAUCUGCUGAUAUAGGGCCAAUUCCCAUGAGUGCUGCCGAGGAGAAGCCUACUGAACCCAUGAUUAACAUCACCGCUGAGACCCUUACAGCUGCUGAUACUCCCAUUCAUGUUGAAGCUGAUAUCAGCCUCAUCCCACAAAGUUCUGAGCCCCCAAGUCCAGGCAAGGAAAAGCCAGUGGUGGAUUUCCCAGUCUUUGAUGGCCCUGCACCAGAAACUAUUGGUUGUACUGUGGCAGAGGGAGUGGUGGAAGAGGAGGAAAUGGAGCCAUCUGAGAUGAUGAGCCAGGAGCAGAGAGAAGAAUAUGAAGAAGAAGAGCCGUCCUCUAGUUUGGACUUGGCCGACGAUGAUGAUGAUGAUGGACUGAGGAGGAGAAAGGUGCCCCACUUUGAGCCUCCAAGACCGAGAACAUCAGAUGAGGAAGAUGAUGAAGAAGAAGUGGAGUUCAAGAUAGCUGAGAAGGAGGAGGACAAAAAAUGGUUCUCCAUGAACAAAUGCAUUGUGGGUGCUUUGGUCCUGCUCUGCUUAGGUUCUCUCUUCUUCACAGGUUUCCUUUCUGAUGUGGAUAAUGGUGACUUUGACUCGUCUGACUUGAGUGAUGGAGAGCAAAGCCAGAGCUGGCUCAGUGGUGAUCCACAGGAUAUGAAACAGCUUCUGGAUAAACUGGCACAGGAAAACCAGCAGAUCACUCAGCUGGAGGCACAACUGCAGUCUCAGAAAGAAGAACUCGAACUGGCGCUGAAGACAGUAGCAGCGCGUAGUGAUGAAAAGGGAAAAGAAGACCUGGAAAAAGAAAAUGCAAAGUUGAAGGAGGAGCUGUCAACGCUUCCUGAUCUGAGAAAAGAGCUGGAGAGUCUGAGGGCCAGAGUGACUGAACUCAGCCAGCUCACAGCUUCUCAAGAAAUGCGCACAGCUACACGUCAGCCGGGUGAAAAAGAUAGUAAACAGAAAUGUACUGGAGAUGGAAGAAAAGCCGUCCAGAAUGAGGGAAUCAAGCUGAAGGAAGAGCUCAAAAGGCAAAAAGUUCUCUUGGAGGAAAGUGGCAAAAGACUUGAAGGGAUGAGGAAGGAUCGAGGUGAAAGAAAGAGGGUCACAGAUAGUUUAGAGGAGAUUCAGAAGAAGCUUUCAGAACAAGUUGACAGGAUGGGGAAGAAGAAGCAACAGGAGUCCAAAUGGAAAGGUAAGAAAGACAAAAACACUGGCCACGACCACUGGAAGAAGGAGGAGAACAAGAAGCAGCGAGGGGAGAAAGAAAGGAAGCAAGGAAAAGAGGGAGGAUGGAGAGAUGAAAAAAAGGGGAAGGAGACGGAGCAGAAGUCAGAAAAGCAAAACUCCCACAAAGAAGCAUGGAGGAAACAUCAGGAAGAGUGGGAGCAAAAGAAAGACGAACGCAGACUGGACAGGGAGGAAAGGAGGAAGGAGAAACUGUGGCAUAACCGACCUGCGAAGAAUACCCAUGGCCCCACCCACCAACAGCAGCAUCAUCAUCAUCAGUCCCGCCGACCUCACCGGCACAACCAUGAUGACUUCUGGAGAUACCAGGAGGAGAAGGUUAGACGGAACAUCCGCCCUCAGUUGGGCUGCACUACCAUGGAGGACUGCGCUAGCAAGGAAGGGCUGUACCCGGUGGAGCUGUCCGAAUUCGAGGAACUGCUGGAAGGCUAUCUGAGCAAGCUCGAAGGAUCUCCGUCUGAGAGCAAGGACAAGAUCAGGAAGCUGACAGCCGAGUUCUUUGUGGACGGCGUGUUUAUUCACGACAGGGUUUUUUUCAGCAACUUUGCCGAGGAUGUGGCGGACAUUCUGGAGGACAUGGCGGACGUCUUGGAUGACGAUGGCGAUUCCCUGGAGGAAGAGAUGGAGGAGUUUGAGCGAGAAGCCCUGUGGAAGUUUUCAGCUGCCGGCUAAACUGAGAUAAAUAAGGGAAAGGAGUAAAAUACACCACGAAGAAGCUGUAACAAUGUUCAUCCAUUUCUUAACUUCACUUGAAAGCGCUAAUUGUAAGAAACACUUCUGGUAAAGAGGGGAUGUGCUUCUCAAAAUGUGUUCCUCUUAGUCUUUAUAUGGGAAAAUACUUGUAAUUUUCGAUUUGGUUGCUGUUGCCUACCUCUGUCAGCUUAGCACGUCCUAAUGGGAAGUCCUUCAGUAACGUGUUGUGUGGAUUUGUCUUUAUUUACCUAUGUUUUUCCAUGCUUAAUGCAUGUUAUUGGUCAUAAUGUAACUUUAAACUGAUAAGCUGAGCACUCUAGGGGAAAAAAAAUUUAAAUACAGGGAGGUAAUGGAAAAUCUGUUAACUACCAGUACUCAGUAUUUACAGGGGAACUCCAGAAAUUGACAACCUAUGCUUUAUUUGGAGUUGCUUUUGUGAAUUAUUUUUCACUCAGGGUAAAAAUGUUUUUAAUUGGUACAUUAUUUAUUUAGAAGAAAAACACUGCUGCAGCAAGCAGAAGUUAACAGGCUAAUUGAUCUUACUGGAUGGGGCAAAAUAACCCGGUGAGUAAACUGCUUCUUGUUGACACUGAAUAGGGGAAAAUGUCAUAGAAGUGUCCAGUUGCUGUGUCCAGGCUUACCUCACAAAUGUAAAUUAACCUUUUUAAAAUGAUCACUUAGCUACUUACCUUAGCCUGGCUGUCAUCCUCUGUUGCAGCUGUGCACUGGGGUAUUACAAGUCAACUGCGGAGGAGGAGCAUAGAAUUGGUUUUAAAAAGUGUGCAUACAUUUACUGAGGCAAAUGUACACACAAAGCAGUCCAUGCUACUGGACAUAUCUAAUGACGUUUUUGCCUGUUCAGCGGUGACAAGAAGUGCUUUACUUUUUUUUAUUGCCUCGUCCAAUCAGAUUAAUUAGUCAGUUAGCUUCUGCUUACUGUGGCGAUGUUUGCAUUCUAAAUAAAACAAUGUGCAGAUUCAGUUUAUUUUUGUCCUGAGUGAAACAAUGAUACUCCAAAACAUCAAAAAUUGGAAUAAACUGGAGUUCUCUUUUUAACUAUAGCCAUACAUUUCAAAUAGAUUUUUGUAAGUUAAUUAUAGAGAUGCAUUUAUGUUUUCAUAUAGGACUAUCUGUCUUAUUUGGGGGAAAAUUUCUCCAGGUUGAAGUAAAUUGAAAACAAUUUUGUUGAAGAUUUCAUUUGCCCUAAGUCUGGUUACUUGUUCAAUCCAAGAGGACUUUUUGGAAGCAGCUCUUUAUUUGAUUUUGGGUAAAUGAGGAAGAGCCAGAAGAGUUUCUAAAUUUGACACAUUCAACAGCAAACAAGUUGGAUCUAUAACAUGUUCGUGUUGGCACUGAUUACAAAAGGAACCGGAUGCAGUGAUAGCCAUAGUUAAGUGAUGACAUCUUAACCACUUUAGCACUUUUCAGUAUUUUUUUCCUCUCACAUUUCACUGCCGUUUUUAUUAGCCACUUCUCUCUUUUCUUUUCUUUUAAUUUAUUUUUUUUUUAUUGAGAAGCCAGUGGGGACCUCCAACACCUACAUUUGUUGGUCAUCCUUAAUUAGUAGUACCAAGUGUAUAAUUUAAUGAACUAUAGCAGUCCCUGAAAUGUUUUUUUUUUAAUCAUUCUCUCUGUUAUGUUAAUGUAAAUUAACAUCCACAGUGGUAAUUUGAGUUUAAGUGGGAGAAACAAGAAAAUAGUUGCAUUUGUGUUUUAUUCAGCUCAAAGUUUUAAAAAAAAGAACAUUGUUCAAUAUUGCUUCCUCAUGUUGGGAGCUUUUGUAGGAGUUAAUUUGUAUAUUUGAGAAUCGUUUGUGUUUUGAUGUCUGUCUUGGUUUGAUUAGCUUUGUUUGACGAUGAUGUUUUCCCUGCUUUGGUGGUCAUAAAGUUGAAAGAAUCUAUCGAUGCAUGAUGUUUUUCAGCUGUAGGAACAAAAUUGCUUUAAAGUGUUUCAUGUUUAUUUAUUCUGUCACUGCGCAGCAACUUUUUUUUUUCUUCAAUGAGAUGAACCACAGAUAUUGUACAUGUUGGGUCAUUUUGUACAAUGAAUGUGAAAAUGAAGUUCUUGGUACUAUUGGGUUGCAGAACUUUUAGUUUACCAGCUGCUGCUUACGUGCCUUUAUUGUAAAUUUGUUGGAAUAGGUAAGAUAUAAUUUGCUUCUGCAAAAUGAAAUACAGUUUUACAAAUUUAACUUUACGGGACAGAGAAUGUAUGUUUUUGAGCUGACAUAAGGUACUGAAAUGAGUUUUGUUGUUAAUUGUCUGCUGUGUGUAAAGAGGAGCAACUGGUUUUGUUGUAACAUACAAAUGUUUACACCAAUGGUAUCGAGAACAGGCUCAGCAGACGAUUGCUGUCAUGAAACUUCUUUACAGCUAAAUCGAUAUUCAAGAUAGAAUAUUUUUGUUUUAGCAAAACAGAAGGAUUAAGUGAUUCCUGAUAUUACAGGAAUGGGCGUAGAUGUACAGAACAAGAUCUCCAGGCAAAUAUACUGAUACAUUUUGAGUAUUUCAGUAGUUUGAAUUGUGUGUGCUUUUGGAAAGCUGGUGUUAAACAUUCAAUAAAGUUUCCACUGUUAAAUAUGAA